AUGGUCGGCCAUUCUCACAGCUUCCCGCAGUUCUCGAGACUGCCGCUGGAGCUGCGAGACCAGAUUUGGGGAUAUGCGCUCCCAGAGCCACGAGUCUAUGAGGUGUUAGACUCUCCAUGCUCCGCGCAGACACAAUCUACACCAUCGAGUCGCCUCAUGUUCGCAGAUGUCCGGAAUGAACCGCCUCCCGCAAUAGCCAGAGUGUGCCGCGAUGCUCGUCAUGCAGUCCUCCGCCGCUACAAGCCCCUCGUAUUCUCGAACACAGUCAAGCAUAUUGAUCUCUCGAGAGAUAUCCUUCUUCUGGACUCAUAUCUACAGGUGAAGAGACUACUCAAGGUCGUACGUCUUCUCAGCCAGAUCGAAGCUGUCCGCACGAAAGCUUGCCGCAUUGCGCUUGGGACCUCCUGGGGCUUUUACACCGGCCUUCACCUCAGACUGUUCCACAAAACAGUCCAAACAAAGCGGAACAUGGAGAAAUUUCUCGAGCAUGUAUCAAAGUUCCGCCGGUUAAAGACCAUCAUUCUUGUUGUUUAUCAAAGAUCGGCCUUCAACUUGAGGUUGAAGGUCCCAGACCAACAACCUCUUCCAUGGCGGCAUUACGAUUGGUAUGAGCCGUACCAUUUCAACUUUAACGUCAACUUCAAUUUUGACAACUACUUCCUGCGUCGACCUUACCAGAGUCGACUGGUGCGCUACGAACCCGAAGUCGAGAGAGUCGACAAGUCACAGCAGCCAUCCGUCCGUCAAUCAAAGCAGCAAUCGGUCGAUCUUCAUCCGAGAGGCUACCAGGUCCACGACCUGAAAGACACAUUCGAGAAGUGGAUAGAAAAGCUCUCCGGAAAUGGUGCACUGGGAGACUUCCAGCGGCCGAGCUUGGAAACCGCGACGCUGACGUGGAUAUAUACCGGCGUUGGCUACUAA